AUUAGGCAAACCAUGGUCAAGUCAGAACCAUAAAAUAAAGGUAAAAGAAUUAAUAACCUUCCAUCACUAAAACUAUGUUAAUAAUUAUACCAUGUUUGCGUCCAUUUGGCCCUUCAAGAAGAGUCAAUAAAUAGAGACCAUGAGCACCGUGAAAUAGACACAGUAAUAGGCAAAUCAGCACUUCUCUUCAGUCCUUGGCCGACGAUUCUCAUCUCAAAAGAUAGACGCCCAAAAUGAAUCUCAGGAUUAAUUUUCUCUUGGUGGGAGCGGUGUUUGCAGUUUUGUUUAGUGUAAUGAACUGCAGUGAGCUAAGUCUUCCCACAGACCAAACUGGUGAUGGAAUCAAACUCUUCAAUGUCAUGGCUUUUGGUGCCACGGGAACUGGAACCACAGAUGACUCUAACGCAUUUAUAAAUGCAUGGAAAGCAGCUUGUGGAGCAGUCAGCAGUAGUCCUGUUAUCCUUAUUCCUCAAGGAAAGACAUUCUUGUUGAAACCAAUAUGGUUCCAAGGCCCUUGCAAAUCGCCUAUCCAAGUUCAGGUGAAGGGAAAAUUAUUGGCACUUCCCAACCUAGGAAGUUGGAAAGGGCUGGAUAUCCACGAGUGGCUAGCAUUUUCACAAGUACAAGGAUUGAUUAUAGAUGGACAGGGCCAGGGCCAAAUCGACGGCCAAGGAUAUAAUUGGUGGAAGGCUUGCUCUAAUUCCAAUGAUUGCACCAGGCCAACUGCACUUAGAAUUUCGAACUGCGUUAAUGUUCGAUUAAGUGGGUUGAAGCACUUCAACAGUCAGAGAAAUCACAUAUCGAUCGACGGAUGUAACAAUGUGAUUGUUUCCGGGCUCCAUAUUUCCGCUCCUGAACAAAGUCCCAACACGGACGGUAUUGACAUCGCAGGCUCGACAAAUAUUCAUGUUAUGAACAGUGUCAUUCAAACUGGUGACGAUUGUAUUGCAAUCAACACACAAUGCUCCAAUAUUAAUAUUACUGGAGUGACUUGUGGACCUGGUCAUGGCAUAAGUGUUGGAAGCUUGGGGAUGAAUGGAGAAGUCGCUAAAGUGGAGGGAAUCUAUGUACAAAAUUGUACCUUUACUGGAUCAACAAAUGGAGCUCGUAUUAAGACUUGGCAGGGAGGAGCUGGAUAUGCAAGACACAUAAUUUUCGACGACAUCACAUUGAUCAACACGGAUAACCCUAUUAUUAUUGACCAAUAUUAUUCUCCUAACGGUGUAAACCAGACAUCGGCAGUACAGAUAUCAGAUGUUUCAUAUUCGAGGAUACGUGGCACAUCAGCUACUCCUACUGCUAUAAGGUUGAUGUGCUCUCAGACACAGGGUUGUACUGAUAUCAUAUUAAUGCACAUCAAGAUAACAUCGGCUCAUUCAUCGACACCGACAUCCUCGAAAUGUAUCAAUGCUCAUGGAAAGUACACAGACUCCAUCCCUAAAGUGGACUGCUUGUUGCCCUAGUCAAGAAGAUUUGAAGAUGGAGAAGAAUAUGUGAAGGAAGCCAAAAUCUGUUGGCACCUCUUUUCCCCCUUCUUUUAGUUUCUUUGUCAAGGAAUAAUUUGCAGUCUCUGAAUUGAACUCGAGACGUUGUUGCAAUCAAUAUAUCUAAAACAACAUACUUGUGUAUGAAAUAAAGAAAAUGAAUUGAU